AUGGUCGGGAUCUUCUCCAGGUUCUCCGCCGGCGCCCACCGCCGCUCCAAGAGCGUGGCCUUUACUUCCCCAACUCCAAGAAGGGAUCUGCUUGUUUAUAACCAUAUCAGGUCAACAGUAGGAGGUUGUCGAGACGUUGGCCCCAACAUGAGUACAGGAGAGUCUGAUCCAGCAGCUGUUCCUGCAGAGAGCCCUCACGGUAUUGAGGUUGGCGUUGAGUUCAAGCCGGUGGAGCACCCUGUGGAACCUCUCAAUCUUGAUGAGCCAGUAAAAUGCCCACUUCCUGAGCCAUCUAUACUGCAUGAUGGGAGGAUAUGGAAGGAGAAAAUGUCUUCAGUCGGCACGAGGGUGAGAACAGAUUUGCCGGUCGUGAAGGAAGGGUCGCAGCUUGAGUCUGACAGUAGCAGUGCUAGGUCACGAUCUGCAGUUCCAAGGCGUGCCAUAUUGCCCUCCGUAAGUGCGCCUGAGCACAACAUCCUAGCGCUACUUGACGAGUGCGAUGUCUCUGGGAGCCGUGGCUCUGCUGAAUGA